UGUAUGGACCUAACUCGACCUUGGACCAAUAUAUUCCUAGCAUGGCCCUUAUGCUUGGUUAUUUAGUCCAAUAUAAUAUAAUACAUGUAUGUAAGAAUGGUUACUUUUUAUUUUCAGGAUUUAGAGUACUUGAGUGAAGGCCUAGAAGGACGUUCCUUCAAUCCUGUUGCACUGCUAUUCGACCAGUUACUACGUCCCAAUGCUGACCUCGGGAAAGACCAGGGCUCAUGUCUCAAAUGGCACCACAAUGAAAACCGAGCAGUCAAACAUCUGGUGCUGGGAAGUGGUCCUCCGGGCGGGUCUUGGCACCACAUGCAGGGCUCGCAACUGACGCUAAGUCUUAACAACUGGCUCGAGUUACCGGGGUGUGAUUUUCAAGAUUGGCUAAGAGCUCAUAGGUCUUCCACUGUAAGGAAGCCAUGCAGCCUUGUUACCAAUGGGGUGAAAAGCAAUGGGUACAGCUACGAUCGGGCAACAACAAGUCAUAUUGCUGAGUAUUACAAGGAUUUUGUCAAUAAUACUAACAUUGCAUCAAACUUUUGGAAUGACGCCAAGGUGUUGUCUGUCAAGCACUUACAUCAAAGUGACUGUACCAACUGCCGCUGCAGAGAGUCGAACAUUCCUCGAGACGGCUGCUGGGAGAUCCGUGGUGUCAGGGGUGCAUUACCUGAAAUGCCUGAGAUGUUUGUUGUACACGCGUACAAUGUUGUUCUGGCAACAGGAAACAGUAUUCCGAAGGUCUUGGGCAUACCUGGUGAAAAUCUUCCAUUUGUUUACCAUAAGAUGGAUGUUAUUGACAGGUAUUUAGGAGAACUUAGUGAGCCUGCCCUUUCAAUGGAUCCUUGUCUUGUAGUCGGCGCCGGAUUGUCAGCGGCUGAUUGUGUCUUAGCUCUUCGGAACAAGGGUGUUCCUGUCAUCCAUGCCAUUCGCAGAAAUGGAAAUGAUCCUAAAAUAAUUUACAAUCAGCUGCCGGGAGUGGUGUAUCCAGAGUAUUAUAAAGUGGGUCAGAUGAUCAAGGGCGAUGUAACAACGGCAUAUGGGAAGGAUGCCUUGUACACAGCUUAUACCAAAACUGCUCUUGUAGAGAUCCGUAAAGACAAGGAGUGCAUUCUGAAGAAGGCAGAUGGAACUCUAUUCAAACAGAAGGUCUCAAAUGUUUUUGUGUUAAUUGGUGCAAUGCCAGAUCUUUCUUUCUUACAUGGCAUCAGUGGACUUGGAGCUAAUUCCGCAAAGAAAAUUGACAGCAAAGAGAAUCCAAUCAACAUAAAUCCUUUCAGUUACGAGGCUGUGAACGAACCUGGGAUGUUUGCAGUCGGACCUCUAAUUGGUGACAACUUUGUUCGCUUUGGAAUUGGUGGUGCUUUGGGUAUCGCUAAUCAUCUUAUGAGGGAAGAUGAAUAGCCCAAAGAACUGUCAACUGUUUACCAGUAAAUACUUGUUGUAUAAAAAAAUACAUAUUGAAUUAGUGGUGGUGUAUCUAGUAUUAAGACUAUUAAUGUAAUAUAAUUUAUGUAAUGUGUUGUCUGGAGUGGCAGUUAGGUCUUAACUGAAAAGGGUUAUAUGCUCUCUAAUUAUUUUUUUCACCAUAUAAACAAUAAGUGUAUUCACUAACAUAUAAGUCAUACCUAGAAUUCUUUUUUUAGUGUCUCCAAAUUAUACCAUUCGCUAAUCCUCAAUGUACUUCGGUCGUAAAUUAUACAUUUGGAAGGGGCAGUCUGUCCUUAAAACUAGAUAUUCAAAAUAGUCUAAUUACUAGUUUGUUAGCCUUUAUAAUUAUAUACUCUGCAUGAAA